AUGGAAACUACACAGACAACUGAGAUCGCAACAGAUUAUUCACUAAUUGAAACAACAUCCGUUAUACCAGAAAAUUCAACUCUUCUGCUUGUCACAGACGAUCCGGGAAAAGGAGCUCUGAUUCUUAAUGAAACACUUACCGAUCUUAACGUAACAACGACUGAAUAUAUUCCAAUUGUGGCUGCAGCAACGGCUUUUGCCAGUCUCAUUGCAAUUGGAGCUUUUGCAGUUACUAUAUUCAUUAUUGUUCUAAUUAGAGGAAGAAAGAGAUUUCAAGAGUUUCCAUUCUUUGCUAUCGUAUAUCACUUAACAGCGGCUAAUGCAAUUCACAUACUUCUCCAACUCACAACUGUGCUGCCGAUAAUGCUAUUAGAUAGUGACGAAGAGUCUACAAAUCGAUACUGGUAUAAAGUUGGAUCGUAUGGAAUAAUGCUCACUGAGCAAGCGUCUCUUUAUUUUACUCUUCUCAUGACAAUUAACAGAUUUGCUGUUUUUGUGUUUCCUUCAAUAUUAUCAGUGUUUACAACAAAAGGAAUACAUAUUAUUUCUACUUUCAUAUGGGUUUAUAUUAAUUUUAUCGUUUUCUGGAAUUACAAUUUUGGAACAACCAAAACAUUUUCAAGAAAGACAAUUUCAAUGAAAGAAGUGCUUCUAGGCACCAAUAUUCUGACAAAGUUUUUCACAUUAUCAUCAACUUGUCUUCCAAUAGCAAUGCUCGGAAUGUAUCUCGUGAUUUUUAUAUUUAUUGUCAAGAAGAGGCAAAUUGCGGAUAAUACGAAUCAAAAAAAGACCGACAGAGACACGUCAUUAGUGGUACAAGCAUUGAUUAUUACAAUUGCAUUAGAGUGCGUCAACAUAACUGAUAUCCUGACACCUUUGUUCAAAAACGCUGAUCUUUCCAUUCAAUGGAUUUGGACAAUUUUCUGUUAUUGUACAACAAUAUCAAAUCAACUUGUAAAUCCUCUGUUCUUUUUGACUGUUAACAAGAUGGUCCGAAGUGUAGCAAAGCACAUUUUCGACAAGAACAUUAGCUCGUUCUUAUCAGAUACAAGUUCCACAAAUAAAGUUCCAGACAGGAGGAGAAUUCAAGCAAACACAAAAAAGCUUUGCUGUGGAUGCUGUGCGUGGUUGUUCAAAGAUGAGCAAAAAGAGAGGACUGUGGUUACUUUCUAG